UCUGCGCUCGGCUGGCAGCGCUUCAGAGUGCACGGCGCUGAGCAGGCGGGAUAAGGAGUUAUUAAACAGCACUCCCACACAAACCUUGAAUCAAAGUAGUUUUGAUUUUCAGUCUAAAAAACCUAAGGUUUUCCUUUGGAUCACUGGACAGGAAUGCAAUGGCUAAUCAUAAUAACCAGGAUUAUUUCCGAUCUGCCAGCAACGACUCCACCACUUACAUGAUGAUGCCGGCGAAGAAACAGGGGGAUGCGCCGUCAAAGUUAUGGCUCGCUAUGGUGGUCAUUGUUGUGGUCGUGCUCCAAAUCGCUUCCACUACCGGGCUGUUUGUGUACUUCAACAUGUCUAUAGCGCAGACCAAGAACCAGGGUGUCACGGAGGAGCUGAAGUGCCUGCAAUUUCUGAACGCUAUUGAGGAGCAGAUCAAUAAGGGACACGACAUUCCUGAAGAGCUGGCCAGGCUGUUUAGCAGUGAACCCUGCCUAAAACUAGCAGAGGGCAUCAAAACCUACAUCUCCAAGGUGACUGAAAAUGCCAUAAGGAAGCUUGCACUCCAGGAAGCAAGAAAUCUACCUCGAAGUUUCAACACAUCGGGGUCAAAGGUUAUUACCACGGCAACCCAGCGGCCUUCAGCGCACCUCACUCUGAGAGACAAUGGGCCCCAGACCUCAGGACCCUCUGCCUUCCCCCAGCCUGACCUGCACCAGUCCUGCCGUCACCCAGUCCUGUCCUGGGACGCCCAGUCCUUUGGCUCACAUGUCCACAACAUGAGCCUGAGCAACGGGCGGCUCCGGGUGCCCCAAGAUGGCCGCUACUACCUCUACUCCCAGGUGUAUUUCCGCUAUCCCUCCCCGACGGACCCCGACUUGCAGGGCAGCAGCCACCAGCUGGUUCAGUGCCUCUACAAGAAGACGUCCUACCUGAGGCCCAUCCAGUUGCUCAAGGGCGUGGGCACCAAGUGUUGGGCAGCAGACGCAGAGUACGCCCUCCACUCGGUCUACCAGGGAGGGCUGUUUGAGCUGACGGCUGGGGACGAGGUCUUCAUCUCGGUAUCCUCCCCUUCCAUGGUGUACGCUGACGAAACGUCCAGCUACUUUGGCGCAUUUCGCCUUGACCUCUGAACUCCUGAGCUGCUUUGGAUUCUAUUAACCACUCUUUUCCAAGGGGGAGAACAAACAAAACUCUUUGGGUCAUAUGAAGGAAGCAGACUCUGAAGCAACACAAAAGGGGAGAGGAGUCAAUGCAUCUGGCUCUUAACUGUCAGGAGCCCACCUGAUUUAACCUGUGUGACAUUCUGGGAUAACCGUGCUGAAGGGUUUCUGAACUGCAGCUCUGAAAGAUAAUCCCAGUCAGUCCAGCAAGGUCUACUGAAGUCAUUCCUUAGGCCAGCUCUGUUAAUACCACUUACUGCUUGACCAGAGGUUCCAGCAGGUAGUAAGACGAGAUGAAAACUCGGCCAGGGUUCUCCGGUGAUACCUAAAAUAAUAUUUCCAAACAGAAAAUAACUUAAAACCUGGUUCUCGCUAUUAGUGCAACUAUGGGCAUCCCAGUUGAUGAUAUUGACUUCACUUUGAAGAAGAAGAGGUACUUUGUCUGAGGUAAUUUGACUGGAGAGGUCAGGAUGCAUGGUGUGUAAUACGUGAAGUGGUUUAUGGUUUGAACUUUAAUUAUCUGAGGAUUUCUGCUUUGUCCUCUGUAAGUGAUAGGAAAUUCAGCCAACUUCUAAGAACUCUUGCUUUGAUAGAUUUGAUUUAAUAUAGGUAGGCCCCAGGAAAUAUUAUUUUUUAGGCCUAACCCUGUAGUAUGGUUUUGUGCACAGAUAAAAUCCCAGUAUUGCAAAUUAAUGUAGCACAUCUUUUGCUGCUUAAGAAAAGAGAUUUAUUAAAGCUUAAUUUGAGUCUGGAACACAUUUUGCAUUUGAACAAAGGCUUUGUAUGAGUAUGAAAGUGAAGCUGCUUAUUGUAUUCAGAAAGACUAUCUCCCUGCUGCAUGAAAAGCUGUUAACUAUUAAUAUUGUAAUGUAUGUAGCCUGAUUCAGAUGCAUUGAGUAAAAGAGUAACCAUGUCUCUUUCAUGCAUGAAGGCAGCAUGGUUACCUCUCCUGAGUUAGUCUGUUGGUGAUCCAUGAAAUCUGUCCAUAUGAAAUGAUAUUUCUGUCAUACUAUGGUGAAAUGGAAAAAGAUAUGCUUUGUUUCUGCACGUGCUAUUUAAGUGCUUUUUAUACUUUAAAUGUUGUAUUGUGUUUGUGCAAAACACGUUUCUCAUCUGGGAGAUUCCUAAAGAUGGAAUACUUUGACGAUGACCUCAUCUAUGUUUACUUCCCUUAGGAGGAAAUCAGACAGGAAAAUCCUGAGGUUUUGAGCUCAGAAUGAAAUGCUGGUAUUUUUAUUUGUCAGUUACAGCAAACGGGUCACCGUUUCAAAAAUAUUUUUGCAGAUCUCUUGCAUUUACGAAAAGAGGCAGCCUUGACAUAGAGAUAAAAAAACCAAGCACAAAAAAGAGCAGGCACAAACACAUUCAUAUCUGCCUGCCUGGCCUUGCGUGCCUCAUUUCAUGUGUGUGUCAUUUUAAUAUGGCCAGGCUCUAUCCAUCAUUGACAUGAUUCACGAAAGAGAGCUCUAGCUCAAAAAUAAAAAACAAAAAUGAAAAUAAUCCAGGACUGAUCAGUUUUUGUUUUUACCAGCCACAACGAGUAAACAUUCCUGAGAAAUUCUUUAGAUCUGGUUAGUCAAGUUGGGGUAGGGUGCUAAUUUAGGCCUUCUGUACUGUAUGUCCUCUAUUAGGCUCACAUUAGAACUGGGCAUUGCCUGAGGGAGGUUCUGUUAAGAAUAGUAACAAAGGUCAAGCUCAGCUUAGUCUAAUUGCUGUUAACUCAACAUCACACAGCAACAUGAUUGGUUCAUGUGUCCACAUGUUAGCACUGACAGGGGAGCAAUUAUUAGGUGUCAGUGAAAGGUUUUGAUCUUUACAGAAUUAGUCUAACUUUUUGGUAACACCAUAUAGGUUCUUUUGAAAACCUUGAACCUCCCUCAAAGUGAAAUGAAUUUUUGAAGUACAGUUUGAGCGCCUGUACAGCCUCAGCUUUCGCACGAGAAAGCACAGGAGGGAACCACUGUUUUCAAGUUUCUGCUUUACCGCUCUCGUAGUAUUCAGUUCUUAGAUUUGCUUUAAAAUCUGACCUCCCAAAGGUUUAUACUUUUAAAAAAAAUGUAAAUAUUUUUCCUAAUAACUGCAACCUGUAUUGUAACAGAAUAUAACUAAAAUACAAAGGAUAGAGGUGCUCUUAUUUGCUUCUGAGGGAUUAGACAUGAGGAUUGAUCAAACUUGUUUUUACGUUUUUUGCUCCGAUAGUCUCAGUGCAGAACCAGUCUCCCAAUGUAAAGCGUGAUAACACCUAACUUGUUAUUAGCAGCACCGGCACUACUUGUGCUGGGAAAUUGUAACUGAGGAAGUGGAUUUCUCCUGCACGAUCCAUAUGGGCAUGUCAUGAGUUUUGACUUCUUGUCUGCCUGGAGACCUGUGACUCAUUCACAAAGAAGAGAUGAGUUCUGUACAAGUUCGAACACCUGCGUAGGUUUAGCAAUGGGUUGGGAUUCGCUCCUGGGCAUUUGAGCUUUCUUGCUUCUUCACAGGAAUUAGAAUAGAAUAAGCAAUUAGUCAGAGAUUCUUUAAAGUUGCCAAAGUUUUUCCACUCCAGAGCUGUCCUCUAAGAACCCGCUGUUAUGGAAAUUUCUCCGUGUUGCUGUAUAAAUGAGUAGAAUCAGCCACAUGCAAUAAAAGCUUGUGUAUCAUGCGUCAUUAAAGCAGAAUAUUUUCCCCUGCCACAGGAAAACUGUGGAAGUGAGCUGCUUAAAGUGCUUUUCAAGCGGACUCCUGGGAUUCUUUAACACUACUGCCUGUAAGGGAUCCAUAAGUGCUUAAAAUCCACUAGCUCAACAAGUUACCUAAUGUGAAAGAUGUCUUUAAAUUUCUCUUCACUGAAUUGUUUCCUUGGUGCUUUGUCCAAGUCACCACAAUCCUGCAGUUUUAACACUUGGCUAGAUUUGGCAAGCUAUUCUUUUUUUUUUGCCUCGGUACUCUGUGAUGUACAGUACAUAGGGCCCUACUGCGACCUGGUUAAGUUGCCAGACCAGUGUAUUCAUUAACUACAGUAUGGAACAGGUUCUUCUGAAGGCACUGUAUCGACUACGCUCCCGAGUAGCUUCAGAACUGCUUUUGGCAAAGCCUCAAUGCAUCAAGAGAAUGCAGCAUGCAGAUCAAGUCGGAACAGCACCCUCAGUGAUUAAUUUUUCAUAGUUUGCAGUAUGUACUUAGAGACCACACAAUCAGAAAUGGAUUCUGAUUACACUGGGUACUGAAUGGAAAAUUACUUACAACCUAUUCUGCAUUUAGGAUAAGACCCCUAAAUAAAUAAGCUUCUCAAAGUUAAAGGAAGCUUGAUAGAUUUAAUGUGAGUUACAUUUGUUUGUAAUAAUGUAUAAACAACUCAGUGUUUUUUUGUCUGCUUUGGAAUGCAGUAAACUCUGUCCUGUAUUUCCUGCACAACAGGAGUGCAGUGCAGUGCAAUGAAGAACUUCCCCCUACAGAGCCUAACAUGCUUAAGUCUGAGCUGCUUAAGAACAUCUCUCAACCCCUGAAGCAGCCUUUUACUGCCACCUGUACCACUAAAUGCACAAACUUUAACACUGGGUGGCUGGAAGUUUUCAAAGAGUAUGGGUUCCAGCUUUUUUAAUUCCAGAGUGUAGACUGAAUGUGUAUUGUGUAUUUUUCUGCCUUGUGUAUUUUUUUUAUCUGUAAAAAUAAAAGUUUGUCAGAGGA